ACCUUCAGUGUGUGUAGCUGUUUGCAUCUGUGGUGAAUAUGCAGAUCAGAGGGCACUGGGUGUGGUUCAUUCACCGCUUCCUUAGUCCCUUGAGUCUCCUCAACCCGGACUCAUGCUUGACUAGAAGGCUGGUCAGCACCUUGGUCACAGGCGCACGAUUUUAAUUUUAUAUAUUAACACACUGUUGCUGUCUUCACACACACCAGAAGAGGGCAUCAGAUCCCGUUAUAGAUGGUUGGGAGUCACCAUGUGGUUGCUGGGAAUUGAACUCAGGACCUCCAGAAGAGCAGUUAGUGCUCUUAAAUGCUGAGCCACACUUUUGUUGAUUUUUAUUGUCAUUGAGAUAGUCUCAUACUGAAGACUUGAGUGGCCUGGAAGUCCCUACAUAGACCAGGCUGGCCUAGAGAUUUGUCUCCGCCUCCCCCGUGCUGGGGUUAGAGGAGACCUGGAAUGGGCACAGCUCACACCCAUGGGUGCUGGAACUGGCUUGAGUCAUUCACUCCCAGUCGCUAGUCCCUUUAACGGACACAUUCAUUCAGCAUCUUGGUCAGCUAACAGCAUAAAAAAGUCUAAGCCACCCGCCCCCAAAGUACAGAAACAACAGAACGCCCUGGUACAUAGGCACAAAUACAGUCCUUGAUGGGUUCCUCCCCCUGUACUCAGGAGGAUCCUCUAAAACAUCUCUGCGACUUGCCCUGCCACCUUGGUGCUGCUCUGGGUUGUAACCUGAGGCUUCCCUGGCUGUUCCUGUUAAACUUUGCUACCUGGAAGUAAUUAGAACCGUCCACCACCACCACGCCUUGAAGGCCACCUUAGUUAUACGCUUUGGCAACGUAUUGGCCUUCGCAAUCACAGGGCCAGAGUUGCUGCCUCUGAGGCUUCUAGCACUGUCCCAAGUCUGAUGACUGAGGAUAUUACCACAGUAAAGGUCCCUGCAGCUCUCACCAUCGCUGCCAGGUGCUGCCACCUCCAUUAUUCCUCUUGGACAGCUGCCGUCCCACAUAGCUGUUGCCUGGCUUUCCAUAACCCUGCCCCUGACCACCGCCUCUGCUGUGCGUACUCAUUCCUCCAGAAUAGCCAAGGCCACAUCCUCCAGAACCACUGUCAUUAGCAAUCCCACGAGAGCCAUUUCUAUUGCCACCACCACAGCUGCCACCAAAACUGUCAUGGGCAGAAUUGUUACCGCCAAACUACCUCAAUGAAACCACUAAAGUUUCCAUAACUCCCUCGACUACACUUGCUAUCCCUCACUUUGACAGAGCUGUCUUCAUUUCAUAGCCACUCAGUUUGUUUCUGAGUGAUGGUUUUUACCAGGACAUCCUACUCAUCAGAGGUUAUACAAACAAGGCCCCUUCCCACUGUCCUGGCCCACCAUGAUGUCAUUUGCUUCAGAAUCUUUCAUGCUGUGCAAAACAAUAUGAAACUGUUCUCCGGAGCCCUUAAUGCCACCCACAGAGCUCUUUCAGUUCCUGUGCACCUGGUCUUGGAGAAAAUUCUCUGGACAGUUUUAUUUGGUUCCACAGCUCGUCCUGUGUGGCCUUGUAGUCACAGCUGCAUCUCAACUUGCCCCACAGUGUUGAAAGUGACUUUCUAAAGACCCUGGAGCAGUGGGUGGAGGUCCUUGUUUCCUCCCACAUAGUGAGUGAGUGCUCCCUGCUCUACAGUGACUCCUCAGCAGACAUUUCAAAGCCCAGCUCUUCCUGGAGCCCUUCAAAGCAUAGUGCCUAAGCCUCUCUGCUCACAGCUCCUAUUCUCUGAAGUUUUGUUUUUUCUUGUUUCUUUUUUUUUUUCUUUUUUUUUUUCGGAGCUGGGGACCGAACCCAGGGCCUUGCGCUUCCUAGGUAAGCGCUCUACCACUGAGCUAAAUCCCCAGCCCCUGUUUUGUUUUAAGAUGGUCUCUUUGUCUGGCCUGGAACUCACAAAGAUCCACCCCUACCUUCCCAGGCUGGGAUUUAAGGAGUAUAUUACCAUGCUUAGUCAACUAUUUAUUUUUACAUAGGGUUUUUAGAUCAUGACUGAAUGUUUUUCUAAAGAUUUACUUAUUUAUGAGUACACUGUAGCUGUCCUCAGACACACCAGAAGAGGGCAUCAGAUCCCAUUACAGAUGGUUGUGAGCUACCAUUUGGUUUCUGGGAUUUGAACUCAGAACCUCUGGAAGAGCAGUCAGUGCUCUUAACCACUGAGCCAUCUCUCCAGCCAGUGACUAAAUGUUUAAUAGUGCAGGAUGUAGAGUAUCUUCAAAGGUUUUUUGGUUUAUUUUUUUAGAAAUUAACUGAUAUAAACACCAAUGCUGAGAACACAGCUUUGCACAAAUACGCCAAUCCCAGGUUACAGUUCAUAUGUUUUUUUUUUUUUUGUUUUUUUUCUUUUGGAGACAUGAUCUCUCAUGUAGCCCAGGCUGGUCUAGAAUUCAAUAUGUAGCCAAAGACGGCCUUGAACUGCUGAUCCUCCUACCUGCAUCAAGUGCUGGGGUUUCAAGUGUGCUCCAUCCACCACAUUCCAUUUAAUGAUUUUUUUUUCAUUAUUAAAAAUGAAACUCGAGUCUGCACGUCUAGCAGUAUUAUUGAAAAUCAACACUUUGGGACUGGAGAGAUGGUCUGGUAGUUAGGAGGGCAGACUGUUAUUGCAGAGGACCUGAGUUUGGUUCCUAGAACCCAUGUCAGGUGACUCCCAAGCACCAGAGGAUCGAAUCCCCUCUUCUCUGGGCUCUCUUCCCUCAUAUGCACAUAAGCACAUACACGUGACCUAAAAUAAAAGUGUAAAAUCAAAGUGAGCGCCAUGCCAGCCUUAGGCAUGGCACCCCACAGAGUGUUCUCAUUAAAUUUACAAACUGUCAUAUCCACGUCACAAAUCAGAGGCACAAUCUUGGUUGACUUGAGUUUAAGUGGACCCUAAACCUUCAAAAAUCAGUCCUCCCCAUCUGCCAUUUGCCCCUGCACAACAAUGAAUAGCCAUUUGAUCCAAUAACCAGGCACACUUAAUUUCUGAAGAGAUUUUUCCAAUCUCCCUUGCACUGCAGAAAUGGGUGGCGAUUUGUCAGGUCCAGCCUCAACACAGGAUUUGGGGUGAGUUCUCAAAUGGAAGCAGGGAUAUCUGGAAGGCGCAUAAUAGACACGCACUACUUUUUGGUACAGACUGACAGGCAAUUUUUCAAAGCUUAAAGUUUCUCUCCUCUCUCACUCAUUGCUCUAUUUCUCUGUCACUCACAGCUUGAGACUGCACACACUCUGCAUUCUCUUGCACACCUCUGCUUUUCUCCAGUGUGAUCUUCUCAAAUUCCCACACUCCUACACACCUCUAUUCGUUCCCUUUCACUCUCACAUUCUUCAUACACACCUCACACAUAUCUCACACACACCACAUGCACUCUCCAUUCACUCACACACUUCACAUACGCCUCACAUUCUCUCUUCACUCACACACACACUUCUCCACACACACACACCUCACAUUUUCUCUUCACUCACUCUUCUCACACUCUCUCACUUUUUUCUUGCCCCAAUCUUUUUUAUUGAUACGCCAAAAGCAGGCAGAAAAAAAAAAAAAGACAUUGUAUAAUCAUUGCCAAAUCAAAUUCAAACGAAUAACCAUAUUCCACAAAGAAUUAAGGAUUACAAUUGUUCCCUAAAGUUUCAAGCUUCCCCUAGUUCCAGGUCUGUGGCCAAAAUAAUAAUAAUUGCAAACAUCAUUAUUUAAACUUUAACUUUUGACUUAUGCUUCAGAGCUCAGAGCUCCGAGGUCAGCUACUUGCAUUUCCCUGUGAAGCUCUAAUGAUAAAUGACAUGGGCAAAGCUGCCAGGCAGUGGCCAGAAAGAAUCAAGUUAACCCUUAACUCAGCAGUUCCUCUAGCCUUCUGCUUCUGCACAUUGCACAUGGUGACUCUCCUCAGAGUCCCAGUGUUUUGACUUAGUUUUACUGGUAUAAGAUUUUACGUAUUCUACACUUGUUUAUCCAGGAGCCACUCUCAAAUGUUGUGCAAAACUUAUUUCAUAACUUUAAUAGUUUUUUUUCCUUUCUCAGGGUCCCAAUGUUGGCUCUAAUUUUUUUUUUUUUUUUUUUUUGGUUCUUUUUUUCGGAGCUGGGGACCGAACCCAGGGCCUUGCGCUUCCUAGGCAAGCGCUCUACCACUGAGCUAAAUCCCCAACCCCUCUAAUUCAUUUUCUAACAAUUUCUUCAAAGUUUCUUUGCAAGUCAUGCAUUAAUCUGGAACUACCAUUGUGCAGUUAUUACAUUGUUUCCAAGAUGAGAACACACAGCCUGCACCUGGGCCAUUAGGGCUGUGCUGUGCUUUGCACCUAUGCCUCAAUUUUUAAUUUUUUUUUUCGGAGCUGGGGACCGAACCCAAGGCCUUGCACUUGCUAGGCAAGCGCUCUACCACUGAGCUAAAUCCCCAACCCCUUAAUUUAAGAAUCAUUACAUCAAGGAAUAUCUAGUUUCACAGAAUUCACCAGAGCAGAAGGAGAACAAAAUAGUAAAGUCAGAUGUAAUAGAAUAAUUAGGCAGACCAAGGCCAACUGUGAAGCAGUUGUUGUCCAGGGCUAAGGUUAAGAUAAACGGGAACAACUGUUUUGUUUUGUUUUUUGUUGUUGUUGUUGUUUGUUUGUUUUUUGUUUUUUUUUGUUUUGUUUUGUUUUGUUUUACAAAGAGCUGCUUUGGGCUACUGAGAUGUCUCCAUCCUGACCUACUGCAGUCAGACCCUUAUUUCAGAUGGCAGGUCCCCUGGAGGGAUGUGUCUCCUGCUUCUUGGGGUCCCAGACACUGUCCUUUUUAAUAAGGAGCUGCUGCAGAAUUCUGAGAUGUCUCCAUCCUGGCCUACUGCUGGCAGUCCCUGUCCCCACAGAGGAAUUAUGGACAGAUUGAUUUGUCAUGGCACGACUUCGAUUUGUUUCUGAAUUAACUUUUUGGAGGAAUAUUUCCGAGAGUGAUAGCAGGCGUUGUUAAUUAUGUCUCUCCACAAAGUGUCGGACACUUCGCUGACCUCCCCAUCAACAUCUGAGGCCAAACAGGCAAAACUGUAUGUAGGCAAGGAGGCAAAAGUGCUUCCGGAGCUGAAGGAGAAAAAAUCCAUGGUGAACCACCUCAAACCCCUCCCUCCUUCCUCUCAGAAUGAAUUCAGAAUCCCCGAUGAAGUUCUUCUCUCUCUGAACAAUGCAGCCAACGCCGGUCCCUGUCCUGAAAACUUAUUGCCUACAAAGAAACAUAAAGCCCCAAAGGGUGCCCUUCCACGUCUUGUAGAUCAUGUCUGGCAACACCCUAUUCGGAGGAAUAAAUUCAAAUACCUGAUUGAUCAUCCUGUCACCCUAACAGGAGCUGGAAGGGAUAUUUCUUUCCUGUAUGAUGUUAAAUACGUAAAAGGAGAGACGAGGGAGAACAAACUUUGCCCCCCAAAUAAGUCAGCACAGUCACAGAACGGUGCCAUGGUGCCUCACAAGAAGACAUUAGCAGACACUUUGGUUCCUGAAGAAUUUCAUAUUGUGUCAAAUACAGGAGUUUCGGGUUUGGAGUGCUAUGAUGACAAAUACACCACCCUCCUCACAGACAGCGAGAAUAGGCUGCUGCUCUUCCCAUCCAUGAAACCUAACAAGAGAGUAGAAGUGGUCCAGCUGAGCGAUGUGAUGGACACCAUGCUGGAAAGGGCUGGAGCGGAAAAUGAGGAUUACGUAGGGCCAACCAAGAUGCACCACCUGCUGAACGUGUUGAAGAGGGAACAGAGCAUUUACAACACAGUGUUUCAUGAGCUGAUUCGACAGGUCAGCGUGGACUGCGCAGACAGAGGAGAGCUACUGUCAAGAAUCAGAGAGAAGUAUGUGCAAAUGCUUGACCAUAUUGCCCGGCAGAUGAUUGACUUUUACAAAGACCUGGUGACUCAGCGGAUGAUGGACCAGCGCAUCUUACAAGAACUGUAUAACUUCAAGAAUGUGAUCGAGGAACUGACCAGGGAACUUUGUCUGGUUCGGGCCCAUGAUAAGAAAUUAACAAAGGAAGUGGAGAAAGUCCAGAAGGACCUGGCAGAAGCCCUUUUGGAAGCGGAGAAGAAUGCCAAAAUAGUAGAAGACUACCAUGACUUAUACACAAUGCAGAGAGGGAGGAUGGAGAGCGAUAUUAAACUCUUAAUGACAGAAAGAGACAUUUGGAGCUCAGCCACAUAUGAACUGGCCCUGAAGGUAAUUGAAAGAAAUAGAGUCAUAAUGGCUAAAAAACUCUACCUCAGUGAAAAAGGCUGGAAUAAAUAUGCCAAGCACUUCAUCAUAAUGCUGUCCACUAAGGACACUGGAGACCUUGCAAUGGUGGAGAAGUUGACAGAGAAGUGGAAAAAGUUAGUGAACAAAUUUAAGCACGACGUGGAACGCACAGAGGAAUCUACAAAAGAAAAAUCACAAACCGUGAAGGAUGGGCUCAUCAAAUGGCAGCAAUUCUUCAAUAAUAACAUUGGGAAAGAUAUUUUAAUCCCUAAUAAGAAAAGCCCAUUCAGUGUGGUCCUUAACGACUUCAAGGAGUUUCAAAAGACGCUGGAUGUGGAGAAAGAAAAAUUUACAGGGGAUUUUCUGUUGUCUAGAUAUGACUCUCUCAAAAUGAUUAAACGAUUACAGGAAAACUGGAUGGACAUUGGGUUUGGGAUACUUAGUCGCCAUAAAAAUAUGGAUGGGUUGUUGCCCCCAGAGCACGAGUACAUGGAGGAAAUGGUAAAAAACAUAAACAAAUUCUACAGAGAAUAUGAAAUAAGAAUAAACGGUGAUCAUGGUGUAUCUAAAAUUCUUCCAAACUUGCUUAUUUCUAUAGACACAUGUAUUUUCAAGUUAGAAAACUUCCUAGAUUAUUCUAAAGUGCCCAUUGAUGAGUGGUUUGAAAUUGAUGAAAAGAUUAACGAAAUGAAGCUUCAGCUGGAAGCUCUGUUAAACAUUAUUGGCUCGGUUCCACAGGACAUAGACACGGACAUGGACUCUGGCUCGAUACUCCAAGUACACAUAUUUGAAAUGAUUCAACAAUGGAUUUUGAAGUUAGACAACGAAAUUGCCAAUGGUCAAAUUGAACUUCUUCGCCACAUGGAUGAAUUGCAUAUAGCUAUGAUCCAGUGGAUGGUAAACUUGCUGACCGUAAUGCUUCCUGAUUUUACUGAGAAAAUCACUCUCCCAAAGAUGAAGGGGGACAACUUAGGGUUUGCCGAGGAAGAGGAGCGUGAAAUAGGAGUCGCGGAAUUAGAGAUAAACGCGGUCUCACUGGCCAAGCGGCUGGCUCGGUACUCCAGCCACUUGCACAGCUGCUGCAUAGGCAUGGUAAGAGCAAUGGCCCUGAGUAGAGCUGCCCACUUACAGAAGAAUCCUGCUAAGGACCGCCAGGAACUGGAUAGGAUGAAUAGAGAAUGUUACGAUUGGAUCAGCACAUGCUCAUACCUCAUUUCUGACAUCAAAGGCAGGAGAGUACGACUACUGUCAUAUGAGGAAGCAGAGAAGCUGCUCGGGGAAGAGGAAGCCACAAAAAUUUAUUUUGACCCAGAAAAACCUUCUCUUGGUGAUGAUACUGAUGAUGAAAUUGACUUUAAGAAGUCUAAGAUUCAAGAAAAGGAAGCACCACCACCACCAUCUGAAGCAGCAGCAGAAGCAACAGAAGCAGCAGAAGCAACAGAAGCAGGAGAAGCAGGAGAAGCAGGAGAAGCAGAGGCAGGAGAAGCAGGAGAAGCAAAAACAGCAGAAGCAACAGAAGCAGCAGAAGCAACAGAAGCAGCAGAAGCAACAAAAGCAGAGGUUACAACAGAACAGGAACCUUCGACAUCUACAAACGUGAAAACCAUUCGAUACAUUAAGAAAGAUGAAAAUAUUCAUAGCAAACCUCUGCUUGAAGAAGGCAUAUUUUUAACCUGGAGAGAAUCAGCUAAGCAAGGUGUAUUGGAGCCAAAGUAUCUUGAAAUAAUGCAUGUACUUGAACAUAUGCAGGACAAGCUAAUACAGAUGGAUGCCAGGACCAGAGAGGCAGAGGAGAGGUUUGAUGAGGUGAACGAGGAGCUUCAUCACACCAUCAUGAAAAACAGAGAUCUAGAGAAGGAGCUAGAAGAGCUGGUGAAGAAAACCAUAAAGGGGUCACACAUAAAGAUAGAAAUCCCCAAGGAGGAGAGCCCGGAUAACAGGGGAGAGAAUGAAGGAGAUGAGCACAAACAAACAAAAAAGCCCCCAAAAUCCACAAAGAAAGAAGCACAGUCGAUGGACAGUUCUGAAACUUCUGGAAGUCGGACUAAAUCUAAGACCAAACCCAAAUAGCCUCUCCGGAGACUGGGGUUCACGGUGGCUGUGUCCGUGAACAUGCCUAAGGAUUGCUGAGCUGUAGCAUUGGCAACGCGGCUCACCCGCUUGGGCUCCCUUAGCAACAGCCAUUAGAAGCAUGGCAGAGGCCAUAGGAAGUCGGUAUAUGAGUUUACUUGUCAGAUUAAAAACAGCUUAUGAGAAAGUA